AUGGCCCCGACAAUCUUCGGCAUUGGCACGGGUCCUGUCAACCGGCUCUCGAUCCAGAUCCCCGCCCUCAUCCGCCGUGCCUUGCACUACGGACAUGCUGUGGUCAUCGGGGAUGGACAGGCCGAGUGGGACCAUGUUCACAUCGCCGAUCUAGUGACCCUGUUCGAGUUGGUUCUAGUGAAGGUGUUGAAGGGAGAGGAUGUGCCGUACGGAGCCAAGGGAUUGUUGUUCGCAGAGACGGGUCGUCAUACCUGGAUGGAUGUGUCUCGUGGCAUUGCCGCGGCGGGUUCAGAGCUGGGCUUAUUGGCGACGGAUGAAGUUCGUAGUGUGUCCCUCCCAGAGGCUGCCGCCUGGGCCUCAAAUGGCAAUGCGCAGGUGCGAGAGCUGGGUUUUGCAUCCAAAGGCAGGGUAACUCGGCUGGGGAAUGGCCAGAAAGUCCAAAUUAGCAUAACUCUGGUAACGUAG